AUGGCAACUCCACCGUUUGACAACCCACAGCCGGAGAUCCUGGAGAUAAACGAGGCUUUCGAGACUAUCAAUGGCAGCUUUGGCUUUGCUGGCACGUUAGUCGUGUAUCGAAUGAAUGGUCAAUUAUAUCACGGAAUGCUGAAAGCUCGUUACUAUCCUUCCACAGUAGUCAACCCAGAGGACCUCACAAAUGUCAUCCAAAUACCCUCCUCAGCCUACAGUCCUCUAUAUUCAACAGACUUGACACGAGCACAUGACCCAUUACCAAAAGACAUACAUGUGAAACGACCUCGAUUGAACAGCUACGACCGGAUUUCCCAAAGCCCCCAACCAAACACUAUUGCAGAGUCACUCCUCGCUGAAGCAAAAGUGUGCGAACUGUUAAUGCAACACCCACAUCCUAAUAUCGCCAUCUACCACGGUUGUCAGGUAUCCGGCGACCGGAUUACAGGUCUUUGCUUUAAGAAGUACUCGCACACGUUGAUGAAAGAGGUUAAUCCUGGCGCAUUAAUGAAGAGACAAGCAAGAAGCACACGGCAAACAAUAAAAGACUACAGUGGUGUUCUAGAAGGUGUUGAGAGUGGUAUUCGACAUCUUCAUUCUUUGGGGUUGGUUCAUAAUGAUAUCAAUCCUAGUAACAUCAUGUUUGAUGGUGAUAAGCUAGUGAUUAUUGAUUUUGGCUCCUGUCGGCCUAUUGGAGAAAGUAUGGAGGGGGUUGGCGGGACUUACGAGUGGUAUGAUGAGACUGUAAUGCUGUCUCUUCCUGAUAAUGACCUCAAUGCCUUCGAGGAAAUUCGGAUUUGGCUUGGGGAUGACUCGCGGGCUUUUCAGUUUGGGGUUUAG